AUGGCAAAAGGGAUCAUGAAACACUUGGAGGAGACAUUUGGAAAGCAAGAUCGUCUUGCUCGUCAAAAAAUCUCCUCUGCAUUGUUCUCUGCUAAAAUGGUUGAUUCCACAUCUAUCUUGGAUCAUAUGAUGAGAAUGAAUAAAUACUUCCAGGAAUUAGAGGGUUAUGGAUCAAUUUUUGAAUUGGAUUUCAAGAUUGAGAUCAUUUUUGCCACACUGCCAGACUAUUACACUUCGUUUAUUGUGAACUAUCACAUGAAUAGGGUGACAGUGAACACCAUUUUUGAGUUAACCAAUAUGCUUACAGAAGCAAAAGGUGCACUCAAGAAAAGCAAGGCAGUGGCUCUUGUCACUGAGAAGAGUUCUUAA